AUGUCCUGUCUAUCGGGCAGUGCAGAGAAACGAGUACGUGAUUUAGCAAUCACCGCAGAAAAUUAUCAUGUAGCUUGGGAAUUAUUAGAUUCAUGUUAUAACAACCCGAUCGCACUAAUUGACAAAUACGUAAAGGCAAUUMAAGAAUGCCCACGGAUAAAUAAGCAAUCGCCAGAAUCUUUAACCGAGGCUGCUAUUACCCUUAUCACGAACUACAAGKCUUUAAAAUCAACUAAAAUGGAUUUCCGCGACGCAUUUCCYAUAUAUACGGUAGUUUCGCGAAUGGACGAUCAGACAAGGUAUGACUGGGAAAAACAUCGUCCCAAACGAGAGUUACCAACCGUAGAACAGCUUGCUGAUUUUUUGUUUGAGACCGGAGAAAUUCUCACUAAAUUGCAUCCUUCAAGGARCUCCAGAGAUACGGGAAGGAGCCGCGUAACUACUUCAUUUAAGUCGACUCCUCGGUACGAGAAUCCGCGAAAUACAUCGCAAUCAUACGCGCGCUAUCCAAUUCCGCAAAGAGCACAAGGAAAUGCAUWUYGGAACGCAGUGCAAAUUUACUCAUCGCGAACCCCCACGGUAUGUUUCUUAUGUUCGGGUACCCAUGAUACUUUUAUUUGUGAACAAUUCAUAAAGGCUAAACCCGACGAGCGAACCAGAAUAGCCGAAUCGGCGGGGUUAUGCAAAAACUGUUUGCGGUCCAACCAUUCUAUCGAUAAGUGUUUCGCCAGACAUUGUAGGAAGUGUGGUGAAAAACACAACACACUAUUGCACGAAGACAAAUCAAGCCUAACUGCAUUAUGCUCACGUGUUARAAUCAAUUAUACAUCUUUACCAACAUUGCUACUAACCGCAGUAGUGUCGUUAUUAGAUCGCGAUGRCAACCCCCAUAAGUGCCGUGUGCUACUAGAUUCAGGUGCUGAGGCCAACUUUCUAACAUUAGRUUUUGCAAAUAAAUUGCGUGUCGCUCAGYAAAGUGUAAGCGUGCCAAUAGUCGGAAUAAAUGAACUCAACACCAAUGUUGACAAGGCCGUUGUUACAGUAAUGCAAUCACGUGUAGAAAAGUACGCAAUAGAACUUARAUUUUUAUURUUACCAARAUUAWCUAAUAUCCUACCAGCGCAAYCUAUACCAUCAGGUGUGUUAGACAUACCUUCUAAUAUCCAAUUAGCUGAUCCCGGUUUCGGUCAACCAGCAAUGAUAGACGCAAUUAUUGGUAUGCCGACCUUUUGUACUUUAUGGCGCGCYGGUCACAUUCUCCAAGYAAAUGAAUCAGUAGCCUUGCAAAAUACKCGACUAGGAUGGAUCGUGAUAACAAAUGUAAAUACGCGCAAUCCACAAACUGUCAAAUGUCACACUGUUAGCACUAAAUUAGACGAACAAUUAGAAAAAUUUUGGCUCAUUGAGCAAACACCAAAGGGAAAAUUUAGGUCUCACGAAGAAGAAGCUUGCGAAAAUCACUAUAAAAACAAUAUACGUCGGGAACAAUCAGGUAGAUACGUAGUGAGGUUACCAUUCAAGGACAAUGCGAACCAAUUAGGAAGUUCGUACAUCACCGCGUUAAGGAGAUUCCACGCGCUGGAACGAUCAUUAUCGCAAAAACCGGACACGCGUAAAGAAUAUGUAGAAUUCGUUACGGAGUAUGAAAGAUUAGGUCACAUGGAGAGGGUCGAUUCGCCAUGUCACACAGGCGGCUAUUAUUUACCACACCACGCCGUAACAAAACAAUCAAGUCUUACCACCAAACUUAGAGUAGUUUUCGAUGCAUCUGCGAAAUCAAGCAGCGGUUURUCCAAAAAUGUACYGCCAGAUAAUUAUGGACCCUCGAGAUCGUAUUUACCAAAACAUUCUUUGGCGUCAAACCCCGAGCGAACCGGUAAAACAUAUCGCCUCAAAACAGUAACGUAUGGAACAGCAGCCGCACCAUUCCUAGCAACGCGCACGUUAUAUCAGUUAGCCAGCGACGAAUCAGAGCACUWCCCAAGARCGUCCAUCAUUCUUAAGGAGGAUUUUUAUGUASACGAUUUAUUAACGGGAGCGCAUACGUUAGACGACGCAAAGCAAWUCCGCGACGAGCUUAUCACACUAACAGGCAAGGCAGGCAUGCAACUGAGACAAUGGGCCUCCAAUAACGCUGAAGUGUUAAGAGGCCUUGCUGAUAAAAAUGAUAACAAACUCAUCAGUUUAGACAUAUCGACCACAAUCAAAACAUUAGGAAUACACUGGAAUGCCAUGCAUGAUACUAUAAAUUAUGCGGUAAAACACAACGAUAAUCCAUCUAAGGUCACUAAAAGAAAUAUAUUAUCAGAAAUUGCACGAAUCUUCGAUCCAUUAGGGUUAUUAGGACCGGUUAUAAUCAACGCAAAAAUACUAAUGCAAAAAUUGUGGCAGCUACAAUCCUCAUGGGACGAAGCCGUGCCAGAAGACAUAGGCARAGCGUGGCAAUCAUUCCGACAUGAAUUGCAUAGAAUAGAAGAAGUUAGGUUUCCACGCAGGGUCUUAAACUGCGGUGUAGAAYUGGAAAUUCAUGGUUUUUGUGACGCAAGCGAAAGGGCAUACGGGGCAUGWAUAUAUAUAAAAACGACGGAUAGCAGAUCGAGCGUUCAGUUAGCAUGUGCAAAAUCUAGGGUAGCUCCACUCAAGAYGCAAUCGCUUCCRCGCUUAGAAUUGUGUGGCGCAGUUUUAUUAGCACGUUUAUAUCGGGCCACCAAACAUGCACUACGAAGAGUCAGGUUUCAUSGCGCAGUGUUCUGGUCUGACUCGACAAUAGUACUACACUGGCUCAAAACACCACCACAUAUCUUGAAAACAUUUGUAGCACAUCGGGUGACAGAAAUUUUAGAGAGCACUGYUCCUGAGCAGUGGCGGCACGUGGCAUCGGACCAUAACCCGGCAGACUUAAUAUCUCGCGGCAUAACGAUAACCGAAUUUAUUWAGAGCAACCUCUGGCRGGCGGGACCUUUAUGGCUCCUCCAACACGAAUCACUUUGGCCACAUCAGGUAAUGGACAGUAUAGAAACGCCCGAGGUGAAAAAGACCGUGGCUAUCGCGAAUUCAGUCAACUCAUUCSAUCUAUUUAGGCGUUACUCUUCAUUUCAGAGGCUAAAGCGCGUAGUAGCCUAUUGCUUCAGGUUUAUACAUAAUGUUAGAAAGACCAUUGUAAACAGGACUAGUGGGGAGUUAACAGCAGGCGAAUUGAAAAAUUCAGAAAUAACUAUAAUCAAGGCCGUUCAGAGAGAAACCUUUUCCGAACUCAUCGAGCAAAUCGUGUCAGGAAAGGAUAUUCGCUCGUCAAUAACAAAUCUUAAUCCAUUCAUUGACGAAAGGGGGAUCUUAAGWGUUGGCGGGAGACUAAAUAGAAGUGAUUUACCAUAUGAACAAAAACACGCAGCGUUAUUAYCGAAGGCACAUUUCAUUACCGCAAUCAUAAUUCGUGAAAAACAUGAAAGGAUCUAUCAUGGCGGUGCACAAGCAACGCUUAACGCCGUUCRCGAAAAUUUUUGGCCUAUUAACGGACGCGCCGAAGUGAAACGUGUAAUAAACAAAUGCACCAUUUGUCGACGAUGGAAGCCGAUUAUUCCUAGAUAUAAAAUGAGUGAAUUACCHACAAAUCGCUUACAGUUAAAUCGGCCAUUUCUGUAUACCGGAGUUGAUUUUUGCGGACCCAUAUUCAUAAAGGAAAAACAACAUCGCAAUCGCGGACGUAUCAAGRUAUAYGUGGCGGUAUUCGUUUGCUUCACCACAAAGGCAGUACAUUUAGAAUUA